UGAAACUGAACGUAUGGAAGUGGUUUCUACGGACGCCAGCACUGUGAUCUACCUCACGAUUUUGUUCUUUGUCAUCGGACUGAUUGGCGUGCUGGGUAACAUGCUGGUCAUAUUUGCGGUCAUAUGUAGCCGUAAGAUGAGGACCUCAAUGACCAACUUGCUCAUCACAAAUCUCGCCACAGCGGAUUUGAUUAUCAUGGCACUGGGCAUUCCGGAAAUCAUCCAGUUUAUGAUGAACAAGGGUUGGAGGUUGAGCGACCUAUCCUGUCGCAUAAACCGCUUCAUUCUUGUCACCAGCCUUUAUGGAUCAGUCCUGACGCUCAUUUCUCUCUGCGUUGAAAGAUACAUCGCCAUUAUUCAUCCAAUUAAAGCUCACAUUUUGUGCAACCGGUGGCGGAUUGUGUUCGUUCUCGGCUGUAUCUGGCCCUUUGCUUGGCUGGCCGGCCUGCCAACUCUCUUCUUCAACAAAGUGAUGCUCGGACAUCCGGAUGAACCCUUCUCUGCAAUAAAGUAUUGCGUUAUACAGUUCCCCUAUGACCAAGAUCUAUACUACCUGAUCUACAGAGUUGCGGAGUCCGUUUUAUUUUACUUCUUCCCGCUAACCGUCCAACUGAUAUUGUAUGCCUUUGUCAGCAAACAUCUGUUCCACGGCUCGGACAGGCUGCAUCGCACGUACACCGUUAGGGACCGCAAUGGCACAUCAAUGCAGAGAUAUUCAGAGGCAAUACAAGCUCGGAAAGGAGUUGUGAAAAUGCUGAUGGCAAGUGUUAUCGUGUAUUUCCUUAGUUACUCGCCGAAUCAGAUUUUACUUAUAUGGAAUAUAGCUAGACCGAAAUCAUUCCACGAAAAUUGGUCGUUUCACGUAUUCACGAUGAUCGUCGCGUACAUAAAUUCGGCGGCAAACCCCAUAUUGUACAGUAUUUUCAGUCAGAAUUUUCGAGAAUGCUUCAGAGACGUGUUGUGUAAAUGCUGCUCGAAGCAACCAGAGCAGCGAACAUUGAGAACAGCAAGUACUCCUAGCGCCUAUAACACGUAUACCACAUACAACACAUACGGUACGACGUCUCGCUACUUGCGCCACACGUCCAUGGCAUCAGCCGUCACUGAAGUUUAA